AUGACCUUAAAAGCAUGGCGAUCAAUUUUGAACAGAGUUAUUUUUAUACCUCAACGUUACGUUCUGGGUAUCAUGGGACUCUUUGCCUUGGCGAACUCAUUAACUAUGCGAGUUUGUUUAAACAUGACUAUCACACAAAUGGUGCUACACACUCAAUUAUCCCAACACAUUGUGGGUGAAACAUGUCCUGAUAAUAACAACGUCACUGCAGCUGGGUCAAGCAAUAGCUCGGUCACUUUUAAGGGCCGGGAUCGCUACGAUUGGGACGAAACAACGCAAGGAUUACUGCUUAGUGCCUUUUACUAUGGAUACGUGAUAACACAUUUACCAGGCGGAUUGGUGGCUGAAAAGUUUGGAGGGAAAUGGAUUCUUGGCUUGGGAAUAUUAUGUUCAUCAGUAGCAACAGCAUUAACUCCAUGGGUAGUGAGCUUGUGGGGCGCUAUUGGUUUAUUUUGUAUAAGGGUAAUACAAGGUUUUGGAGAGGGUCCAGUUAUUCCUGCUUUCGUACUUUUACUAGCACGAUGGAUCCCCCCACCGGAGAGGUCGCGUUUCGGGGCCAUGAUAUUCGGAGGUGCACAGAUUGGGAAUAUCUUUGGUCCCUAUAUUUCGGGGCUAAUUUUAGCAGAUGGCGGCGAUUGGGCUAAUGUAUAUUAUGUCUUUGGUGGGUUGGGAAUGAUUUGGUUUAUAUUUUGGGUGCUUUUAUGCUACAGUAAUCCUAAUUCCCAUCCUUUUAUUUCCGACGAAGAAAGAAAUUAUCUGAACAAAAACGUGGCUGCUUCUGGAUUACAUAAGAAAUUGGAUCCAGUUCCAUUUAGAGCGUUGAUAAGAUCUGCUCCGCUUUGGGUUCUCAUAAUGGCUGCCAUAAGUCACGACUGGGGUUACUUAACAAUGAAUAAAGAUCUUCCAAAAUAUUUUUCCGCUGUCCUCAAAAUUAAUAUCAUGGAUAAUGGUUUAAUGUCCACACUACCCCAUAUUGCGAUGUACAUCAGCUCAUUCAUAUUUGCCACGUUCUGUGAUUUAUGCAUUAGAAAAAAAUGGCAUAGUAUCGGUACCGGAAGAAAAAUUUACACUACUAUUGCUUAUUCCGUGCCAGCCCUUUUUAUAAUUCUGGCCUUGUAUUCCGGUUGCAACCGAGUUGAGGCCGUCGGCUUUUUUAUUGUUUCUAUGGUUUUCUUGGGAGGAUUUUAUAGCAGCGUGAAAAUAAACGCGAUGGACAUUGCACCUAAUUAUGCCGGCACAUGCUCGGCAUUUGUUAAUGGAAUUGGAGCAAUAUCAGGAAUUAUUACUCCAUAUUUGAUUGGCUUGUUGACGCCUAAUGUAAGUAUUAUUAAUAUUCCAUCUACAUAA